GAGCUAUAAGCGGCGCAGACGCGAACCGACGUUUCAUCUUCGCCAUCAUGGCUGAUGAAACGGCCAAAGCGCAGGUUGCCAAGCCCGGCGGAGACACGAUAUUUGGAAAAAUCAUACGCAAAGAGAUACCUGCCACGCUGCUCUAUGAAGACGACCAGUGUGUGGCCUUCCCUGAUAUCUCCCCUCAAGCUCCCACUCACAUCCUCGUCGUCCCAAAAAAGCCAAUAGUUCAGCUGUCACAAGCGGAAGACGGCGAUGCUGCAUUGUUGGGCCACUUGAUGAUAGUCGCAAAGAAGUGUGCUCAAGAGGCGGGCCUGUCCAAAGGCUACAGGAUUGUCAUCAACGAUGGACAGGACGGAGGCCAGUCGGUCUACCACAUCCACCUCCAUGUCCUGGGUGGACGCACAAUGAGGUGGCCCCCCGGCUAAGCUGCAUCUGUCCGCACAGACCGUCCUGCCAUCAUUAUUCACGUCUGUUGUCUGACAACCAGUCCUGUUAGAAUUAAACUUUAUGGUUUGUCAUGCGGAAUAAGAGUCAUACUCAAAACAUGGGAAUUCAUCAAUGAUAAUAAACGCACGUCACAACAA